UUGACGCACCAGCGCACCUAGAACUCGUAGUGAGGCAGAAGUUUGGACUUUUCUCUUCUGUUUUCCCGUCUCAUGCUAAGCUAAGCCGGUUUGUGAAGCAUGUCUGGGCUUCCUCGGUUCCUCCGCUUUCCCCCCUCAGGCUCGGAGCGGAUAUGGCGCAGAGGAAGCGCAGAGAAGUGCGUCAGUUUGUCUUCCAGAGCCAACUUUCUGCGCCCCGGUGUAGCCCACCCGGACGGCAGAGGCGGAUCCAGGUGGUACAGCAGCUGCAAACCGGUCCGGAUCGGCUGCGCCUCCGGGUUCUGGGGGGACACGGCCACGUCGGCCCCUCAGCUGAUCUACGGCGGGAAGCUGGACUUCCUGGUGUUCGACUACCUCAGUGAGAUCACCAUGUCUCUGCUCACCGCCGCCAGGACCAAGACACCUAACCUGGGUUACGCUCCGGACUUCGUCCAGGUGGUUCUGGCUCCGUUCAUCAACGACAUCCACAGGAAAGGUAUCCGUGUCAUCAGCAACGCGGGCGGAGUGAACCCGCUGGCCUGCGCCAAGGCCAUACAGGAAGUCAUCAGAAAGGCGGGGCUGGACCUCAAGGUCGCCGUGGUGACCGGUGAUGACCUCAUGCCCAGCAGGAGCCUCCUGUCUGAAGUAAAGAUGGCCGACGGCGGCGGCAGGCGGCCGCUGCCUAAAACGCUGCACAGCAUGAACGCCUACCUGGGGGCCGAGCCGAUUCGCCGCUGCCUGGACCUGGGAGCCGACGUCGUGGUAACGGGGCGCUGCGUGGACAGCGCCGUGGCUCUGGGACCGCUCCUGCACACGUUUGGUUGGAAGAGAGACGAUUACGACUUGCUUGCAGCAGGAAGCCUUGCAGGUCAUCUGAUUGAGUGUGGAGCUCAGAGCACCGGAGGGAUUUUCACCGACUGGCAUCAAGUUCCCGACUGGGACAUCAUGGGCUUCCCGGUGGUUGAAUGUUCCUCCGACGGAUCCUUCGUUCUCUCCAAGCCUCCAAACACCGGCGGCCUUGUCUCCUUUGGAACCGUCGCCGAGCAGCUGGUGUACGAGAUCGGCGACCCGCGGAGAUACCUGCUGCCGGACGUCAUCUGUGAUUUCAGCCAGGUGGCGAUCCAGGAACUACCCGGUGUAGACGGAGGGGCCGUCAGAGUCACCGGCGCCAGAGGUUUGGCACCCUCUCCUGACUACAAGGUGUGUGCCACCUACAUGGACGGGUUCAGAGCGACGGCGGUGUGUCCGGUGGGAGGGCCCAGAGCGGCGGAGAAGGCCCGGCGGACCGCAGACAGCAUCAUCAAACGGACCAGCAGGAUGUUUCAGCAGUUGGGACUGGAGGAUUUUAACUCGGUUAAUAUUCAGGUUCUUGGAGCUGAAGACACGUACGGCCCAAACGCUCGCAGAAAAGACUGUAGAGAGGCCGUGAUCUGGAUGGCCGUCCACCACCAGCAGAAGAAAGCUCUGGAGAUCUUCUCCAGGGAGGUAGCUCCUGCAGGAACAGGCAUGGCUCCUGGACUCACCGGCAUCGUGGGCGGACGACCCAGAGUGUCUCCAGUCCUGAAACCCUUUUUCUUCUUGCAUCCCAAAUCCCAGAUAAAGGUGGACAUCCACGUUGCUGGAGAACUGGUAGAGUCACUUGCUGAAGUGGGACCGGACUCACCUGAGCAGGCGCAGGGUGAAGCUCCUCCCACCUCUGAUCAGGAUGUGCCGGACGCAGACCUGCCCAGUGGACCACACACCUACCGGCUGGAGGACCUGGCAUUCACACGCAGCGGCGACAAAGGAGACUCGGCAAACAUCGGAGUGAUCGCUCGCCAUCCUCUCUACUUCCCUUACCUGAAGAAACACCUGACUUCUUCUGUGGUGGAGGACUACUUCUCUCACCUGAUCGAGCCUGGAGUGCAGAACGCCGUCACACGAUACACUCUGCCGGGGAUCCACGGCCUCAACUUUGUCCUGACGAGUUCCCUGGGAGGGGGAGGGGUGGCCUCGCUCCGCAGCGACCCCCAGGGAAAAGCCUUCGGACAGAUGCUGCUGGACCUGAAGCUGAAGGGACUGCCAGAUCUCAAGUCCCUGGUGGACUGAACGAACGUCCCACUGAGAGACAUGAAGGUGGACACAAAUCAUUUUACCUCAACAGGAACACAGAUGAUCAUUUACGCCUUCAGAUCGGCUGAAAUGCACAAAAAUUAGACUUUUUGCUUAUAACAUGAAAUUUGGCACAGAUUGAAUAGACUUUGAUCCACAGUGGAAACCAAAAGAAAAACUCCCCUGACAUGGAGUCAGGUUGACUCUGGAUGACCAUUGUUCAGCUCAGUUAAUGGCAAAUUAUUCCUGUAUUUGAAGCAAAUGUAAAGUGAAGCUCUGAAACUUUAAGGCCAAAUUUACAGAGUUCAAAAUAUGUGAGUUGUUUAUUGCCUUAUUGAAAUUAGGGAGUAAACGAAUUCUUUAAAAUAAAUUAACUACACUGUCAAAAGAACUGAAGCGUCUAAAAUCAAACCCAGCAUUAAUUUAAAUCAUUUUAUUUUCACUGAGCUGCAGUUAUUUCCCACCAGAGCGAACAUCAAACCCGAUCAAAGGCAGCCAUUGUUUCUGGUGGAAGAAAUCAAACCUGUCAUCAGCGUAAGUGAUAAUUCACUCAGAACCAGCAUGGAGGAAUUCACAGGAUAUACAAGAUCCUGAGUUAUUACAAACAUCCAGAAGAUAAAUCAGGUGAACGUUUCCGUACAAAAGGUGGUGAAGAUAAUAGCAUGUUUAGCUAACUCUGACUUGCAGGUCAAGUCCAGAUUUCCUCAUUUAUCAAAUAAUUUUUUAAUAAUAAGUUUUGUUCUGUCACAGCAGCUGAUAAAGAUGAUAUGUAGAAUAUUUUAUUCCUCAGCUGGUCGUUAUGUGUCGGCCUUAACGCCUCAUCAUUCUAUGCAACAUGAUUCAGUACCGUUUUCUACUGUUUCUGCUUUUACUCAUCGCUGGGGAUGCUAACUGCCAACCUCUCCCCAUUUAUGUUUACAUUAGUUAUCAUCAUGUAACUUUAAUAUUUUACAUGCAAAAUGCAGAAACUGUAAAAAGCAAGAAGUCAUUAGACAGCAAGUUAUGAAAUACAGGGCCAAAGGGACAAAAUAAAAUAAUUAAAUGUAAAAUAAAAUAUUUAAAUAAUUUAAGACAAUACAUUGGACAUAUUAUUAAAAUGCAAACUUAUAAUAGCGUGCAGAUUAUUUCUUGGUUUGUGUAACUUCAGUGAUGGCAGUGAAACAUUUAUUUCCUGGUACAUUUGGUUAAAGAUUUAAUGAUGUAUUUAUUUAUAUAAUUUUGUCCCUUUUGGCCCUCCAUAGGAUCCAGCCUUUGUUGUGUUGGAGGUGUAACACCACCAGUAUUUCCCUCCAACAGUUAAACAUAUAUUUGAAGUUAGUUUUGACUAGUAGCGGUUCUAAAAUGUAAGAAGUGGUGAAAAAUGUUGGUGUGUGGAAAUGAAUAUUUAAUUGGAUUUAAAAGGAGCCCGGUUGUCACGGUUUCCUUUACACAAAUAAUAUUUAUAUGUGACAAAGAAGCAUUUAUUGGUCGUUCAUGUGAAGAAAACAUCAGGCUGGAUGUUUUUAAGCUGCAGACUGAUUGUUGCUAAAGAACUAAGAAAAACAGAAACAGUUUAACUUUCCUACACCCUCAGUCUUGGGUUUAGCUGCCUUCUUAGCCGCGCUCUGCCUCAGGGGAGCUGACCUUUGACCCCAGCACAGGAGAGUUUUGGUUUGGGUUUCCUCGUAAGAUGCUCCAGGCAGAUAUGAGAGGUGGCGCUCUCAUCCGACAGGAACGUCGGUGUCUGGUUCACCUCGACCCGACCCGGCUCUGAUGUUCAGCGCCCCGGAGGAAUGCGAGUCUCCCUCUCUCUCUCUCUCUCCGCAGCCAGACUCGGCCGCGCUCCGUCUGCGUUGUCAUAAUUGCAACCAGACUGAAGCUGGGAGUCGGAGUCGCUCUGCAGUUUAAACUGAAUCAUCUCCCAAAACUUCCUCCGUUUUCAGGGAACCUCUUCAGCUGCUGUUCUGUUUACCUCUCACCAAAACACUCUAAGAACCAGAAAACGUGAAACAUACACACACUUUGUUUUCUUUUUUAGAAAGUUUGGUGAAGAAGCCACAUGGAGCAGUCUCCCUGAAACAAUAAAGAAAGAGCAGCUCAGUAAACAGACUAUCAAAGUCUGACAGUGGAACCAGAAUAAAUAUCGACCCGUCAAACUCUUCAGACAGGAUUGAGAGCAGGCAGUAAAUCAGGACCAAAAGUUCUGCAUUAGUUUCAGAGCAUCAAGACGUGCAGAGCUGGAUGUCACAGUAAGAUCUUUGAGUGCUUGUUCUCAUAAAACCACAGACGUCACCACUUUGCAUAUGAAAACGCCUCAUGACUAAAACGAGGUCUGGAUUCACAUCUGUCCCACGUUUUCCUUCCCAGGGAACAACAAGGCGUUCCACGGGAUCUGCUGAUUGGUUAUUUGCUCACGUCGUUUUGUCAUAAUAAACUUUCCCAAGAGCCAGGAUCUGGGUCAGGUCUCCAGGAAUCUCAAACAUCACCGCCGUCAGUCGUGAGCGACACACUCUGACCCCGCCCACGUGUGUGUGUGGGUGUGUGUGUGUCAUCCCGUUCUCUCUCAGAUCUAAAACACCUCAAGGGAAUUUCUUCAGAACCAGCCCAAGCUUUUAACUGGAACAAUACAUUUCUGUAAUUCAGUUAUCUCAAAAAGAAACCAGAAAAUGAUUGUAAAUUUAAACUUGACAGGUGAAGGCAAUAAACAAAAGCAGUGAUUUCAAGCAAAUAUUGAAAAAUAUCUUUUAUAAUUUGACGUAAUUGUAUCUCUGUUCUCGAAAUGAUUCCAUAUGUCACUGUAAAAAUUAAGAUCCUUUUUGUCAUUUUAUGGUUGUGUCAGUUUUUCUGAGAGAAAAAAAAACAAGGUCCAAGAAUGGAGCCCUGUGGAACGCCGUAAAUUUUUACCAAAAUUAAGAGCUGCAGACAAACACAGAACAAAAUAAUCCACCUUUUAUGAACUUAUAAACACAAAUCUUCUUUAGUUAUUUAGAUUUCCUGCAGCUUAUCAAUUAAGGUUUCAUUUCUGAAUUUAUUAAAAAGAGCAAAACUUUGAAUAUACAGAAGAAUUUUCAAUUCAAGUCAGAAAUACAUUUUGUUUCUCAAAGGGAAAUUAAAUCCUGUCAUAAGUAUCUUUAGAGUCAUUUUGAUGGUGAUGCUGUGGGAGAAACUCCAGUAGCAGUCAGUGUUGAAACGGCUGUUUAGGCCUCUGACUGAAGACUUGCAGCCAGAUAUGACAAGCUAACAGCUCCAAAUCCAGGCAGCGCUGCCAAUCAAUCCACCUCAUUUGUUUUUCUGCUCAGCUGCUCCCAGUUGGAGAAAAACGCUACCUCGUUGCCAUGGUUACGCGUUCGAAAGUAAACAGUAAGGGCAAAACUCCUUCUUAAUAAUCGCCCAAACAUUCAACGACUCAACUAAAACCACGACGAACAGAAGAGGUCAGAUCUCCAACAUGUUGCCUCCAGGAGCAACGCAAUCCGGAAGCAACUUUACAUCCAAGGCAACUUUUUUAUUGAUUACAGAUUGGAAAAUCUUCAUAAAAAUAAUUCAUUAAAGGAAGAGCGAUAUGGUUUCCCUUACAGUGGAUGUUUGUCUGUGCCAAACUUCAUGGUGAUCCAGGCAGUUGCCAACACAUCGCUGCCUUUCACAGCUGCUAAUCUGGGAUUAAAGAAAUGCUAUUAAUGAAAUAAUAGUUGAACAAUAAUUUUACGGUUCUGUUGAAAGAGGUUGUUUGUGUAAUUGAUUGUUAUAUUUUACAGUGUUUAGAACGAAUGUAAUUUCCAGAUUUCAGGACAGUCGGAGGCCGCAGCCCUGUGGAACGCCAGAGACAUUUUACUUCUUUUAAUGAGAUUUAAUUAAUCUGGAUAAAACAUUUCCUUUUUUUCCACAUGUGAACUCAAACGACGGCCAGAGCUGCAGCACUUUAUUCAACCUGAGGCCUUCGGUAAAACUCUGGUUAACCUGACAAAUGAGGGAUUUUCUAAUCAGUUUAACCUCAUAAUUAAACAUCAGGUGGUAAUAAAUGUGAAAUCUAAGCAUCAUUUAAAGAAAACCGGAUUCACCUUCCUGCCUUUUUUAUUCAAUCAAUGUAGAAAUUAGAUUUUGUUUCACAGCUUUUCACUGUUUAAAUGCCUUUAAUGCAUGAUGUAUGAAAGUGAUUUUGUAGAUAAAAUGAUUAAAUUAAAGAUGUUAUUA